AUGAUAAAACGAAAAGCACUUCGUAAAGACCAUCAACAGUACGUCUGUAUAAAAUGUCGGAAGAAAUCUAUUCCUCUAGAGACAAGAGAGAUGCAAUUAUUCUCUGCAAUUCUCAUUACGAUCUUCGUUGGUGGCAACGUUGCCAGAGGCAAGCGGAGGAGUCGUAAAGCUGAGUUGUGUCCUUCUGAUCCUUUUGAUGAUGAUGACUAUGGUACAAAAUUGAUGACCGAAGAAAUAAGAAGGGUGUUUCUGUCCAUGCACAACAAUUACCGCAGCGUCAUAGCUCGUGGUGAGGGGGUGAUGAAGGGUGGCGUACAGGCCUGUCCAGCUGCGCAGAUGAGGAGAAUGGAAUAUGACUGUGACUUGGAGCAGCACGCAGGUUUGCGUGCCUGCAUUGAUCCGCGCUUUCCUCGGAACCGAAUUCUGUACAAGAACUUAAGUAUUGCGCCUGCCACAGCAGCUCGACAGGCUGUUGAAACCUGGUACAAAGAAAUCGAAUCGGGUACAAUGCUGCAAGAUCACAACCAAGAAAAUAUUUAUCAGGAGAAUCUUAACAUACCACACUUCGCGAAGAUAGUAUGGGAUACCAAUGUGUACCUAGGAUGCUCUGUUACGAAGUGUUCUUCCUUGAAAGCAUUAGCUGUAGUAUGUUCCUACGAUCCGAGUACAUUUGCUGUUGGACAGCCGAUCUACGAAAUAAAUCUUACAUGCAGUCGCUGCAAAGAAGUGUGCGACGCAGAUGGACUCUGUCCUUCGAAUUGGACUUCUAGCACUGGUACCAACAAAAAAGCAUAG